UUAUAGCCAGUCUCGCGGCAACGUCGCCCGCGGUUGGUCGCGGACACUUAGUGUCACGCAAUCGUCGGUGUUUAGUGUAAAAAUAUCGCUUUUUAACAUCGGAGCUACGUAAAAAUUAUCACCAUGGAUCCCGAAGCUUUCUUAGACCUGGCCAAUCAGGUCAUUAAAUUGAAAAUGUACCCAUAUUUUGACAUAGCGCAUUCAUUGCUUUGCGCUCUAGCUGUGAGAGAGGACUUAGGGUCUGGGGCACAAGCGUUCUCCCGCAAACACCCGCUAUCCUGCUGGCUGUCCACCAUGCUGGUGAUAUUCGCGGGCGGCAUGGUGGCGAACGGCCUGCUCGGGGAACCCAUCCUAGCGCCGCUCAAGAAUACCCCACAGUUGAUCAUUGGUACUAUUACAUGGUAUGUAGUAUUCUACACGCCUUUCGACGUCGGUUACAAAGUGGCCAAGUUCCUCCCGGUAAAGGUGACAGCAGCCGCUAUGAAGGAAAUCUACCGCGCCAAGAAAGUGUAUGACGGUGUCAGCCAUGCCGCGAAAUUGUAUCCCAACGCGUAUAUAAUUAUGAUCGUUGUUGGUACACUGAAAGGAAACGGCGCCGGGUUCACGAAAUUAGUGGAGAGACUCAUUCGUGGUGCCUGGACCCCCACCGCUAUGGAAACAAUGCAGCCUAGCUUCUACACUAAGGCGUCGUUGGUAGCCUCCAUUAUAUUCGUAUUGGAUAAGAAGACGGAUCUCAUCUCAGCGCCGCACGCUCUGGUCUACUUCGGCAUUGUCAUCUUCUUCGUCUACUUCAAGCUCUCUUCCAUCCUAUUGGGCAUCCACGAUCCGUUCGUGCCGUUCGAGAAUCUGUUCUGCGCGCUGUUCCUGGGCGGCAUCUGGGACUCGCUCGCCAAGCUCCUGGGCAAGGGACAGCCUAAGGAAGAGACAAAGGACGCUAAAAAGACUAAUUAGACUGUCGCUAAGUAUCAUAACAUCUACACCGACGCCCGACCUCCUGCGACAUGUUUUUACGUAAAAAAAAGAAAUAAAAA